GUUGCUUGCGAGCCGCCAUAGAAUAAAGAAGAAGAAACCCGGAAGCCAGUUUGUCAGGCUGCUGCUCCGUUAGCUAACCGUAGGUUGCUGUCAUCGUUUUAUAGUUUGGGCUCUGACUGUAGAAACUACAACCUGCUUCAUAUCCAGACCCGAAUACACAUUUUCACCGGGGUCUCUGGAGAGAUGAACAACAGCGGGAACAAGAGAGCUCCAACCACAGCCACUCAGCGACUUAAGCAGGAUUACCUCAGGAUAAAGAAAGACCCUGUGCCUUACAUCUGUGCUGAACCUCUCCCCUCAAACAUCCUAGAAUGGCGCUAUGUGGUCAGAGGUCCUGAGAAAACUCCAUACGAAGGAGGUUAUUACCACGGAAAGCUGAUAUUUCCUCGGGAAUUUCCCUUUAAACCACCAAGUAUUUACAUGAUCACACCGAACGGCAGAUUUAAAUGCAAUACCAGGUUAUGUUUGUCCAUCACAGACUUCCACCCGGACACGUGGAACCCGGCGUGGUCCGUCUCCACCAUCCUCACAGGUCUGCUCAGCUUCAUGGUGGAGAAAGGUCCCACCCUGGGGAGCAUCGAGACCUCCGAGCACACGAAACGACAACUCUCGGCCCAAAGCCUCGCCUUCAACCUUAAGGACAAAGUCUUCUGUGAAUUGUUUCCCGAAGUCGUUGAGGAAAUGAAGCAGAAACAGAAAGUUCAGGAAGAGUUAAACGCCCGCACUCAGCCUCUCCCCUUGCCUGACGUGGUGCCAGAUGGAGACCCCCAGCAGGCCCAUUACGGCCUCCCCGCCCUCAACGGCAGGCCCGUCCCGCUCGGGGGCGCCAACCCCGGCGCCGGCCUGCAGCAAGGCAAUCGCAAUCACGGACUUCUGGGCGGCGCCUUGGCCAACCUGUUCGUCAUCGUCGGCUUCGCCGCCUUCGCCUACACGGUCAAGUACGUGCUGAGGAGCAUAGCGCAGGAGUGACAUUCCAGGUUCAAUGCCGGUGUGAACUCUGCAAGACAAAAAGUCAGACCACCUUAGAAGGACUAAAAGCAGCGGUGGCGGAGACAAAGGCGGCUCAUGGGUUGUGGACAAGGUCAGUUAGUCGCCAUCUUUACUCCUGUGACAUCAUCACAUCACACCCAAACUACAACAAAUCAUCCCUCUCUUUGCUCUCUGAGCAUUUUAAACACAAAAUGUGUCAAAGUAUGAAGCAGGUGUACACACAUCCUCUAUAAGAUGAUAUCCUCUAAGACAAUACAUUGAAAUCAUCCUCUCUAAGAUGAUAUUCUCUCUACGAUGAUACAUGAAAACAUCCUCUAAGAUGAUACAUGAAAACAUCCUCUCUAAGAUGAUGUCCUCUCUACGAUGAUACAUGAAAACAUCUUCUCUAAGAUGAUACAUGAAAACAUCCUCUCUAAGAUGAUACCCUCUCUAAGAUGAUACAUGAAAUCAUAUUCUCUAAGAUGAUACAUGUAAUCAUCUUUUCUAAGGUGAUACAUGAAAUAAUCUCAUUUUAGAUGAUAUCCUCUACGAUGAUACAUGAAAUCAUCCUUUUUUUAGACGAUGCAUAUCAUUCUAAGUUAAUAGAUGAAAUCAUCUUCUCUAAGAUGAUACAUGAAAACAUCUCUAAGAUGAUGCAUAAAAACAUCCUCUCUACGAUGAUACAUUAAAUCAUCCUUUUCAAGAUGAUGCAUGAAAUGAAUCCAAGAUGAUACAUAAAAACAUCUUCUCUAAGAUGAUGUCCUCUCUACGAUGAUACAUGAAAUCAUCCUUUUCAAGAUGAUGUCCUCUCUACGAUGAUACAUGAAAUCAUCAUUUUCAAGAUGAGACAUGAAAACAUCCUCUCUAAGAUGAUACAUGAAAACCUCCUCUCUAGGAUGAGAACAUGUGCUCCCUCCACUCAACAACCCAUGAGCCCAGUAGUGAGUUGGGACCAGUGCACUUUUCAUACAGCGCCGCUCCAAAUCAUCAUCCAAACAACUUCUGUACAUUUUCUUUCUGGUCUUUUUAAUUUAUAGACAAAGCCUUGGAGUGAGUGAGUGAGUGAGUGUGUUUGUAUGAAUGUGUGUGUUUGUGUAGUCGUGCUUCUGAGGAAUUGUUUUACGACACAAAUAAAACGUGACUGGUCCAGCA